ACAAAGCAGUAGAUCCAUAAAACGCUGAAAGGCCACGUUAGGUUUUCUCAGCUUGGAAAGUUAUUUCUAGAUUGAACAAAGUUCAGGAAAACUUUUUGUGAGAAGAAAAAUAUCUAAGAUCUGAUGAUGGAGAAAAUCUUCCACUUUGACCUAAAGAUCAUUUUAUAAUUUAGAUUUUUUAGUUUAACAUCUGGAUUUACAUGCUACACAUAAACAACCAUCAGACAUGUUUUCUCUUAAGAUUUACACAACCAUCAUCACUUCUGUUUACAGACACCACUGUCUUCAAAGUUCUGGUUCAACACUGAAGGAUGGAAGAGAUGAACUUCAACUGGACAUCAGAGGAAAACAGCUUUGAUAACAGCUACAACAUCAGCGAGAGCAUGAACACCACUCAGAGAAACCAUGAUGAUAACAGAUACUAUUAUAUAGUUAAACAAAUCGACACAUGGCUGGACCGGAUCAGCAUUGGCAUUGGACUUCCUUUGACUUUAAUAGUGAUAGUUGCAGUUUUUCUACAGGUGAAAAUGGAUCAGGGUGUCCCAGUCUACGUCAUCAACCUUCUCUUUUCUGAUCUCAUUCAGUUCUGCGGCAGAAUUACAUAUUUAGUUCAGUCUAGGUAUGAUCCCGGCUAUCCCAUCAUGGAGUUUGGUUUAAUGGCCAGUGUUGGAUUCAUGGCCUGUAUCUCCUUGGAAAGGUAUUUGGUCAUCGCCAAGCCACUGUGGUACAGAUUCAGGAGAAACAUCAAGACAUCUCUGAUGGUCUGUGUUGUGGUCUGGACUCUUUCUCUUUCAAUCCUGCUAACUCGUUGGCUGGCUAAUGAUUUUACUGCUGAUUAUAUUAUUAUUCAAAUCAUCAUGCCUGGUGUGCUCCUCCUGCCCUUUCCAUUCUUCAUCUUCUUCUUGGUUGGGACUAUUAAAGCUCUGUCUGGAGCCCUCAGUGUCCCAGCAGAAGAAAAAAGACGAAUUGUAGCCAUUCAGGUUGUGGUGCUGCUAAUUUACUCUCUGCUUUUCCUGCCUAUCAUUAGUUACUUCCUGUUAAAGGAAUUUAAAUUAAUUCCUUAUCUUCUGUUCUUCGUUUGUGCUUAUCUCAGUCCCCUUGCAGACACAACUCUGUAUUUGUUAACUCGUAAAAGCAUCCUGGAUAAGUUUCUGGCUUCACUCUGUUCUUGUAAAGCAUCAGAAAAUCAGGAGAUGAGCAGCAAGGAUACUGAAAGCACGACUGCUCCACACACUGAGACUGUUUAGGGUUUAUUAUCUGGAGCCUCCACAACAAUCUACUGUAGCUGCUUUUUUCUUAAUUGUUUUUAAUGGACUCAUGUUUUGUUUUAGAACUCAUCUACUGCAGAGGUUUCCAUCCUGCAGCAGCAGCAGAGACAUGUCAGCAGCUUUUCAAUCGGUCCUUUACACAUGAGAACAAUCAGAAACAGAUCCAUAAAACGAAAGAGGAGAACCAAGAUGUGCAUCUCAUUCAGUAGAAAAUAAUCGUAACAAAAACACCAAAAAGCUAUUCCUCCAGUUGCUCCACCGUAAUUAACCAUCAACAGAACCAGAGUUGCUACACGUCUACGUUUUUCCUCUGCAGACACUGAGGAGGCUCCAGGCAGACAGAUGCAGGUCACAACUGGACAUAUGAUGAAGACGAGGGAAGGGAUGGCAGCAGAAACAGUGAUAGCUAAAAUAAACUUCAGUCUGGAUGAGGCAGAGCAGCAGCUUCAGGACCACUUGGUCUCUU